AUGAGGAGAGGAGUUCUUCACAGGUGGGGCUGCUGGUCACAGGCGGGGCAGCUGGUCCUGGUGCCUGGUGCUGGCGUGACGGCGCUGGUGCCGGUGCUGGUGCUAGUGACUGGCUUUGGUGCUAGUGCUUGGUGCUGGCGGCUGGCGCUGGUGCUGGUGCCUGCUGCUGGCGGCUGGCGCUGGUGCUGGUGCCUGGUGCUGGCGGCUGGCGCUGGUGCUGGUGCCUGGUGCUGGCUGCUGGUGCUGGUGCCUGGUGCUGGUGCGUGGUGCUCGCGGCUGUGCUGGCGGCUGGCGCUGGUGCUGGUGCCUGGUGCUGGCGGCUGGCGCUGGUGCUGGUGCCUGGUGCUGGCGGCUGGCGCUGGUGCCUGGUGCUGGCGGCUGGCGCUGGUGCUGGUGCCUGGUGCUGGCGGCUGGCGCUGGUGCUGGUGCCUAGUGCUGGCGGCUGGCGCUGGUGCUGGUGCCUGGUGCUGGCGGCUGGCGCUGGUGCCUGGUGCUAGCGUGACGGCGCUGGUGCCGGUGCUGGUGCUGGUGACUGGCUUCGGUGCUGGUGCUGGUGCUGGCAGCUGGCGCUGGUGCCUAGUGCUGGCGGCUGGCGCUGGUGCUGGUGCCUGGUGCUGGCGGCUGGCGCUGGUGCUGGUGCCUGGUGCUGGCGGCUGGCGCUGGUGCCUGGUGCUGGCGGCUGGCGCUGUGCUCGUGCUGGUGCUGGUGACAUCCGCCCACCACCCCCCCCCCCCCUUCCCCACCCCACCCAUGAACCGCCAACCCCGCCACUCCCCCUCCCCCAGCCGUCCCCCACGGGCCAACACCCCACCACCUCCCCCUCAUAUGGAAACGGCGCGGGAUCUGAUGGUGGGGGGGGGCGGGAUCUGA